CUCGUCAUCUUCAGUCCUCUUAAUAAAACAAAACGGACAUACUCUCAAACAGUUUUGCUCAGCGUUUCUACUAUUAGGAUCAGUGCAGUCCGUAAUCAUUUAAAUAAUUUUGUUAAAAAUGUCUGUUGCGGUAAACACUUUCUAUAAAUAAUAUAAAUGCUAACAAAACAUCAAGCACAGUUUUUAUUACAACAGUAAUAAAAUGCAAGUCAUGCGUUUCACAUAUUUAUUGAUUUUUGUUCGGAUAUUCGAAUGUACAGAUUUGAAGAUUAAUGGAGAAGUGUCCUUCGAUCUGAGAAUAUCGGAUUUGGACUACAGGAGUAGUCCAGUUCAAGUGUUUAUAGGUGCUGAUGAACCAGAAAACCUUGGAGAUGGGGUGGAACGAGGGAGAAUAAAAGAUAUUGAAGAAAAACAGAAAUCAGUGGUGGGACGCAUAGAGGCGCGGCAAGUCACAGCCGCCGCGAUGGUGGAGUGCCCGUACCAGUACCCGGAGAAGGAGCAGGUCAACGCCAUGCUCAGCAACAUGAUGAACCAGCUCACCAAGGUUUUUGUCCGCAUCCAUGAAUACGUCACGGCGGAAGAUACGCGGCGGCUUGAGACCAGGUUCAGAGUGGUUGGCAAGAAGGAUACUGGAUUCUUCGAACACAUUUACAACAAUAUGUCUCAGGAGUACAGACAAUUCUACAACAAUACGGCGGAGCGUGUAGACCGUGCGGAGCGCGACCCCUGCCAACAUCAGGAGGAAAUCAAGCAGCUGUGGAAGGAACUUCUAGAAAAGUCUCUGGCAACCCUAAGAAAGGCCGCUGGGCAGUGCAUAGAAGAAUAUCUGAAGGUACAAAACAGAAGUGCAGACGCGAAGACCCGCAGCAAACUGGAACAGUUCCUAGCAGAAGAAAUGAGCAAGAUAAAGUCCAGCCAGCUAGACGUACUGUGUGACAAGUUCCAACUGUGUUACAAUGAGCUUUUGUAACAAAUAAAAUCGUAUUUUUCAUUA